UUGAAUUGAAACCAAGAGUUUGAAAGUGCGCGUGCGUGUGAGAAAUUCACUGGCGCAAAUAACUUAAUUAUGUAUUUUUGAAACCAAUCGAUACAACUAACCUAUUUUAAUAGAGCGCAUUUAACAUAUAUGGUUCUUUAAAAUGGCCAAUGUUUUGGAAGCCUUAAUUUAUGCAUCCGAACGAGCCGCCAGUAUUGCAAGAUAUUGUGCAGCUAGCUUAAGUGACGAGAACCUCGUUGUUACUGAGAAAUCUGGAGACGAAGCCAACAGCCGUUUUGAGCAUGAUUUUAAGACUAUUGCUGAUGUUUUAGCUCAGGAAGCUGCUAAAGUAGAGAUAGGUCACCACUGCCAAAACCUUGCAAGUAGUGUUUGGGGUGAAGAGUGUGGAGAAAUCAACGGUCACCCUAUCAAACUCGGAGACAAUGUUGAUAAAACAGCUCUUCUAUUAAGCCAAAUUGUGCCAAAGGAGCAAGCACUUAAACUUGCGGAAGGUUGCCAUUGUGAAUUAAAUCCAAAAUUAUUUGGUGAAUUACCAUAUGAUCUCCCUGCUAUAGAUGAUGCUACAUUAGGAGUUUGGAUAGAUCCCAUAGAUGCCACAGCGGAAUUCAUAGCCGGAGUGCAGAACAAACACACAGCAGACAGUGAAUCAGGGCUAUCUUGUGUCACAGUUCUAAUAGGUGCAUUCGUGAAGUCCACGGGGGAACCUGUGAUGGGGGUUGUCAACCAACCAUUCUAUGAUAAUGGUAAUGGACGCAUAUUAUGGGGUGCAUGCUACAGUGACUAUGGCAGGAUGGGAGGAUGUGAAUCACCAAGCUCUCACAAUGACAACACUGUGCUUGUUAGCGGCGCUGAAUCACCCGAGCUAGUGGAGAGAUUCAGGUCCAGUGGGUGGGAGGUUAAACCAGCAAAGGGAUGUGGUCAUAAACUUCUAAAAGUGGCCUUGGGUGAAGCUGCUGCAUAUGUUGUAACAAAAGGAACAACAUUCUAUUGGGAUACCUGUGCCCCACAUGCUGUCAUUAAAGCAAGAGGUGGGGACAUACUCUCUUGUGCGACUCAGACACCUGUUACUUAUAUGACUAACACAAAUAAUGAGAAGGCCCACUGCAACUCUGAUGGUAUAAUUGCUUACAGUCAACAAAAAGUACUGUAUGGCAUCAAAACAGUAUUCAACAAAACUUAGGGUGACAAACUUAACAUAAAAAUAAUGCCUUAUAUUAUAAGACAAUUUAUCUUUCCAAUAAUCAGAGAAACUAUUCUUAAGAAAUAAGGUCAAGUGACUUGGUAUAUUCAUUGUUAACUUAUAUUGUAAUAUUUUUAUUGAUCUGUUAUAGUAUUUUUCAAGUAUUGUCCAUUGUGCGAAUGAAAGUGAAAUUCUUUAAAUUCGAUUUAGAAGAUUAUUUAUUAAUCUAGUCACUAGAAUCAGAACUUCUAUUUCUUUUCUUUUUCUUCUUUUUGCUCUUUUUGACUUUUUCCUUUUUUUCCUUGACUGGUUCCUGCAAGUAAAUAUUAUGGUAAAUAUUUAAUGUUAAUGUGUUAUCCUAUUACAUUAAUGACAAGCACAGAGCUAAAUUUUUUGGAGGAAAAUAGGUGGUGGUAAUAUCUAAAAUAUUAAUUUGGAUGUUCGGUUAGGGGAAGGCCCUCCUGUACCAGUACUAUUAAUAAAUAAGGAUAUAUUAACUUAUAAUGUAACAAAUAUCAUAAACAUGGAAUAUAUGUUUCAA